UCAAAUCCAAGGCAGCAUCGACGAAAAAGUAGUAAACUUACUGAAGAUGAAAAGUGUUUAAGUUUUAAUUUUACCAACGAACAAAAUGGAAGAAGAAGGAAAGAAAAUGUCAUGUUAUGGGACAGUGGUCCUUAAUCCACAAGAGGAAGUUGGACUUUUGAAAAAUAUAUAUUGGCGAACAACCGACAUUUCUGACAAGCAUAUUGUCAAUGUUGGAGAAGAAACGGGAGUUUUCCAAGGAAUUAAAAGCUGGAGUCGCCAUGAACUCGAUCAACUGAUUGCAGGGCGCAAAUAUAACUGGUACGGGAAGAGGACUAGAAAUACUGUGGCCGAUGUGUUGAGCCCGUAUGAGAGAUUUUUCUGUUCCAAGACCGGAUACGAUGCCAAGAUACAUAGAGAUGACAGAAAAAGUGUGCAUUUGAUCGGCUGCUCUAUUCAUGAUGAGGAAACAAAGCGAUCGGUUCCUGUCCUUUCCUCUUCCACAUAUGGGAGCAGACUAAACCAACCUCUCGAGACUUUUAGUCGUACUCACGUGCGAAGAGAUCGCGUGAUCAAGGACUUCUAUUACAAGCGUGGCACUGGACUUCCCCCAAUUGAUAAUCUUAGAUUAUGAAUAAAUAAUUACUUCCUGUUAA